CAGGCCCCCAAUUUUUCGAACUCAUAUUAAUCGAUCUUCACUGGUGAAUCGAGCUCAGUUCAGCUUUGACUGUGGCCGGUGAAACAUCAGACCAAGUGUUUAUUUACGUGCGCAGAUAAACAACAAAAUUUGUUUAAUUUAACGCUAUUGUGUGUUCUUGUUUGAUUUGAAAUACCUUAAAAGAAAAGAAACUAAUCAUGCCAAUGCAACCAAUAAAAUUUUAUUACGAUGUUCUAAAUCAAUCCAGUCGUGCCUUGUAUAUAUUUUUGGAAGCAUCGAAAAUUCCCUUUGAAGCUGUUCCAAUAUCAUUAUUAAAAGGUGAGCAUUUGACUGGCGAGUAUCGAGAUAAAGUAACGCGUUUCAAGAAAGUUCCUGCUAUAAGUGAUCAUGGCUUUCAACUUUCGGAAAGUGUGGCUAUUUUCCGUCACUUGGCCCGCGAAAAGCUUGUACCCGAGCAUUGGUAUCCACGUAAAAACUUGGGACGCAGUCGAGUCGAUGAGUAUUUGGAAUGGCGUCAGCGUAAUAUGGGCGUGGCUUGCACCGAUUAUUUCCAGCAGAAAUGGCUUGUGCCGUACCUGCAGAAGACAAAACCAAACGAGAGAUCCGUAGAUGUAGCUGAAAAACAACUUGAGCGAACCCUAAACGACUUCGAAAAUCUCUUCUUGAGUUCGAAGAGGUUUAUGAUUGGAGACAACAUUUCAUAUGCGGACUUAAUGGCCAUUUGUGAGAUCGAUCAGCCCAAAUAUAUCGGCUACAACACCUUUGCCAGCCGCAAUAAACUCACAAGAUGGUACGACGCUGUGCGCGAAGAAUUGGGUCCAUACUACAAACAAGUUUCCUCUGAAUUCGAGAACAAGUUGCGAAAAGCUGAGAAAGGCCAUAAAGAAGCCAUCUCGUUGAAGCAGUAACGCCCCUUUACUCCUUAUUUAGCACUUAGAAUAUGUUGUUUGUUUUGUUUCAUUCGAUAAACUUAGAUUUAAGAACAUUUCGCACAUAUUGUGAGAUGAUGGUAGCUUAUAACUUUAGAGUGUAUAUAUGUAAAAAUAUGUAUACAAGUAUGUAGUCAUUUUAGUUUAAUCAAAAUAUAUAUGAUUUCGUUCUUUGUACAUUAUAGUCAUAUAAUAAAGUAUUUCAAAACUUCA